CGUAAUGACGUUUAGUGAGGAAAAACAGCGUAAACACUAGUUGAGCGUCUACAUUACGCUACCUGUGAUGAUUGACAGCUGUCAGAACCUUCAUUCACAGCAAAGGUUGUGGGGUUUUGCGGGAUUAUUCACGCAAACUGUGGCAGAUGACGAAAACAGCUUACCGGCGACUAGCAUUAGAGCAAACACAGUGCAGAAGUAGCUCAUGCUAACCAAUGCUGUGCAUUUGUUGUGUUUGAGUUUCUUCAGGGUUCAGACAGAAACACACUGACUGACCAUGAGCGCUGAGACUCAUGUGAAGGACAUCAAACCUGGACUCAAAAACCUCAAUGUCAUCUUCAUCGUGCUGGAAACAGGACGAGUGACGAAGACUAAAGACGGUCAUGAGGUUCGCACCUGUAAAGUGGCCGACAAAACGGGCAGCAUCAGCAUCUCCGUUUGGGACGAGGUCGGAGGACUCAUUCAGGCUGGUGACAUCAUCAGACUAACCAAAGGUUACGCCUCUGUUUUUAAAGGCUGUUUGACGUUAUACACUGGACGAGGAGGUGAACUACAGAAGAUUGGAGAAUUCUGCAUGGUGUAUUCUGAGGUGCCAAACUUUAGCGAGCCAAAUCCAGAAUAUUUGACCCAGACAAAUAAAACGGGAUUGAACGACCAGAGCAACAUGAACAGCAGCACUGGAGCCACAACAGGUACAGACACUCCUAAUGGAAACGGAGUGAAUUCUCAAGCAUCUGGCAACUCUAGUAAUCCACAGUCUUCUGGACGAGCAAACAGUGGAAAUGGCAACCGCUCGACACCGAGUCCUGCUGCGGGAGGAACUUCAGUCAGCAAUGGCAAGGAGACACGGCGGACACUCAAAAGAUGAUUUACAGUAAUAAUAGAGCAAUACGUACGGCUGAAGUCAGAAUUAUUAACCCCCUGUUUAUUUUUUUUCCACCCAAUUUCUGUUUAGCGGAGAGCAGAUUUUCUCAACACAAUUCUAAACAUAAUAGUUUUAAUAACUCAUU